CGUCGCACAGUUGCCUUCAAACGGCAUUACGGCUGCGCCUCACCCGAAACGAUUCAGUGCUGUGAAUAUCAGCAAGAAGUUCCUCGAAAAGAACUUUUCGCAGGCCGCAAACUCUAUUGCGUCGUCAUCAUCUUCACAAGUAAAGUCGGGAGGGUCGGCUGCGAGACCUUCCGUGCAAUCUUCAUACCCGCACUCAAGACUGGUCACUGCUAAGCUUACCGCAGCACCUCAGCCCUCAACAACGACCGGUCCCGGUUGGUCACGACCAUCAUCUGUGGCACCCGGUCUACAACCUACAACCACCCCCAAUGGUGUCCCAGCGCAGGCGACAUCCUCAUCGCAGCCCAAGGGUCCAACUACCUCUACGCAUGGUCCGCCGCAGCUUCCACACGCGGGAAUGGUGAUUCAACCUCAGCCUCGAGCAGCCUCCCAAAUCUCACAGACAGACGGAAUGACAAGUGGCAAGUCAGUUUGGGGAAAUCUCAGAAGCAGCGCUUCCUUGCCUUCGGGCGUUCGCGCUCAGAGUGAAUUUCCGACGGCGGCAGAGGUUGCUCAAGUGUCUCGCAAGGCCAAGGGGAUGGACGCGAAGGAAUCCACUGAAGUCUCAGCGGCACAUAAACAGGCAAGAUUAGAGGAAGCUGAUACUUUUCGAGGCGUGCAUCUUGAUCCAAAUGCUCAUCAUUGGGAUGAAAUGGAAGAGGAUGAUGACAAUUUUCUGGACGGCGUCAUCGAAUUCGAAACCCCUCCAACGAAACCUUCAACGCCGUCAUUAACCGGUUCCAGAGAACCUUCUCGAACCAGUCCAAGGCGGGAACGCGAAUCCACUUCAAUUGUAACCUCCAGCUUUCCCGUUCGUAAAGAAGAGAGAUUUGCCGAUGAUUUCGACCGAAGUUGGCCAAAAAGUUCUCCUUCACUUUCAUCUGCAGGAGUACCUCACUCUGGUCCAAGCGGGGGAUCCAUCGCCAGUCCCACUUCUCCAGGUAAUACGAUACAUGCGUCUCAGUUUGGACAAGAGGGUGGGAGAGUGCUUUUCAACGAACGUUCGAAUAGACUAGAACCGUACAGCAGCUCGCAGCGACAGGGACAAAGUCCUUACCCCUUGAAGAAAGGGUAUUCUGAUGCUACCAUUCUAGACGCUAAGGCAUCCAAAGACGCGUCGUCAUCUUCGAACAGCAAUGUCCAACUACUGCAGAAGAGCGGCGAGCGCGGUCGCACUCAUAUGGGUGUUCCAGGAUCCGCUCCUUUUGAAAGACAAAGAGACUAUUCUCGCAGGGAUGGGUCAGGUAUGGCGCACGUACCCCCCAGCCCACGGUCAGCAUUUUCUCAGCCAGGUUCUGUUAAUGGGAAUGAAACCCGUGGACGGCGCAUGUCAAAUAUGGGACCACCCCCUCCUCCAGGCUCGGGGCCAAGAGACUUCGGCCAACGACAGUUUGCACCUCAUUACCCUCAUUCGUACAAUACUGGUCAAGGAGGUAUGCCGCCUCGCGAGUCGAGAUUUCCACCGGGCCCUCCUUCUUCAUCAAGCGCUGCUUCCGUUCGACAUCCUUCCCAAUCUCCGGUGCUUUCCCAUGCGUCUUCCUCCAUCGUUCCAACUAGUGUCGAAAAUCUCGCUCAACUGACUGGGCCUGAUAUCGAUGAACUCAGAAAAGAUGUGAUGCAGAGUGCUGCAGCCAGAGCCAAACAACGUAGGCAACAGGAGGAAGAAGAAAGAGAGAAGGAGAAAGAGCGAGCGCGACGCAAGGCUGCAGAACUUGCGAAUGAAGCUAAACCAAAAACGGUUUCAGAACCUAUCAAAGAUCAGGAAGUCAUUGCCGUCAUCGAAGAUGCAAUUAAAUCAGUUGGUGUCACAGCUCCCUCCACCGAUUCAAUAAAAUCUUCGGCAUCAGAGAAGACGCAACUGCAGCGGCCACCUUCUUUGAAAGGCCUGGAUGGAACACGGCAACCAGCGUCCAGACGACUAUCAAUCCCUUCCAGCACUUCAGGUCCUGCCCCGGCAGCUUUGACUACGUCGUGGCGAAACCAUGCUACUCCCUUACCUCCUCCUCCGGUGUCGCCGCGUGUUGCCGCUAGCCGCAAUCCUCCAACGGCUCAAAAUCACGGGCCUGCUUUUGUUUCCGCUCUAGACCAUGUGCAGAUUCUUGCAGAAGACCCCGAAGCAGAUCUUGAAGUCGUAGAGUUCUCUGAUAUGGGCAAAUUUGUUGGCAUCCCUGAUUCUCUUGAACCCAAAAGUAAUCAAAGUCUACUUCGAGCCUCAAAGCCAUCGCGACCUGUCGCCAGUGAUUUCUUUGACGACAGACCAGGUAACUUCGAAACUCCUCCCUCAUCUAAAGCCGAUAUCGACACUUGGAGACGAAAGGGGUCCCAAGAAGAGAAAGAUGCUAAGGAUGCUGCGGGAGCGUCCACGCAUCCACAUCUAUCGACACCAACACCAACACAACAAGUGCCGGCGCCCUCAGAAAUCACCCCAUCCACUGAGUCCGUUUCAGCCCAGACAUCGCCCAGUAAAGCAUCCAAAUAUCAGUCUACUUACAAUCAAGCUACGAUGUCGGCCCUUGAUGAUGUCAUGUCUCGUAUCAAAGGGGCGUUGAAUGUCAUGCAAGCUAGUGAUAAGGAUGCAUCUGUGCAGCCCCCACUUGAACCAGGACCGGAACCGGAACUAAAGAGGCCUCUUCUACCGGCACGAACGACAAGCCCUUCAAAUUUGAAAACGGUCAAGGACAGAUGGCUGCCACCUGCAUUGCGACCUCAACACCUUGACGUAGAAACACGAGAAAAUUUCCAUUCCACAGCCCCAGAACCUCCACGGUCACCAAAACCAGUUUGGAAUACCUUUACGGUCAAGCUGCCCAAGACGUCAAUAGCUAGGGAGCCUAUUACCAGGAAGCAGUUAGCUCAGCUUAACAGAGCGUUCCCUGUACGGUGGGAUAUUCUAUCCUUUGACCCACCCGUGGACGGGAUGAGUCGUCGUGAUUUCACAGUGAUCGAUGUUUUAUACCGCAAGCAACCGUACAAAGGGAAGAAUAAGUUCAGGGUUGUUCUUCCCAGAGCCGGUGCGCAUCCGCAAAUGUCUAGGGAGAGCAACCAUUUGGGCUCCAAAGGGAAUGGUGCUGGCGCGUUUGGAAAACCUACUAUGGCCGAUGGCGCUUCAACGUGGAGAAAACCUGGAUCAUCGCCCUUGCCGACGAAUUCCCUUCCAGGACCGGGAUCCUCUAGCGUGGUACUACAAUCUGAACCGCCUCCGGCCAACUUCUCGUCUCUUGCGCCUUCAUCCGUGAAAGGGGACACACCGCGGACUAAACCGCAACCGAAGAUGCCUGCAGGGACAUCGGUCGCCUUCUAUCGUGAUUCCCAAGUAGUAGACGCGGACGUUGAUGUGAAGCCUCUCGUCAAUUUCAUCGUUACAAGUGAACUGGAGGAGCCACGGCUAUCGACGAAAGAUGGUUCAACGACUGGGAUAGGGCGUACUCCUUCAAAUGACUCUCGGUCUGAUGGACAUAAAAACACUUCCGCUGAGCAACACAUCCAAAGAACAGAUCCAGCUCCAGCAUCGUCAUCAAGCCUCGUUCAAACUGGCAAAAGCUCAGACGAUUCGGGACCGCCCUCUCAGCCAUCUAGUACUUGGAGCAGAUCUUCACUAAAUAUGUCGGGCCGAGGUCCCGACCCUGAGCAUCUGAAAGCAGUAUGGUCGCAAACCUCCAACAUGGCUGAACUGCAUCCUGUAAAUUCCCUUGAAGGCAUCGCCGACGAUCCAGUCCCUUUCACGCUUCAAGAUGUCAAAUCAGAAGAUGGAGCGACCCCGCCGCCGACAACAUCUUCAGGGCCUUCUCGCAUGUCCCUGCACGAUGUUACCCGCGCCUUCCAACAAGUUCCGUCCACCUCUGGCUCUACGAACCACAAGCUGACCAUAUCACCUCCCACUACGUCCGCACCCGUUGCACGUCCAGCCCCGAAUUUCGGGUAUGCAAUGCCAUUGCCAACCUCGAAUCAAAAUAUGCGGGCUCCCUACCCUCCGUAUGGCUCUCCGAUGAUGAGCCAUUCGCCAGCACCCGUCGUAUAUCCACAUCCGAUAACGAAUAGUCCUGUUCCCAGCCGAAUGCAGGUCAGCGGACAGACACCGCUGUAUGGACAACCCGCUAUGUGGAUGCCGUUACCUACUUCCGCAACGACCCAGGCUCACGGCGCAAUGAUGAGGCCCGUUCCGUCCCCUUAUCCCCCGCCAUUGAUGGCAUAUUCCCCAAAUGCCCAGCCAAUGUACCUCCCCGCCGUGCCGAAUAUGCAGAGCCCGCCUCAACAAAAUUCCGCUUCCAACCGUGGGAGAAGCAUGUCAAUGAUGAUGAGUCCCGGAAUCCCACACGCCUCUCCGAACAUGUACGGGAGCCCGGUGAUGAUGGCUUCGCCUGCUCGGAAUCAAAUGAGAAAUGACAAUAGUCAAGCUCAUCCACCGACGCAUCAUCCACCAAACAGUGCAUAUGCUCCGGUACCUUCGACUUCUUUCAUGCGGCCAUCUUGGUGAACUUUGCUUUGAUUACUUUUAAUGUACUUGUUUUUCUCGUUUAUAUAUAUCAUUCAAUUUUAUAUUUUCCAAUGCCUUAUUCUGACCACGCUAACAGAAGU